AUGCUGCUCCGUCGCGCGACUCGCUUGGCGCGUGUGUACGGUGGUGGGGCCACCACUGCCUUCGUCCCGGGCAGCAGCAGCAGCAGCAGCAGCAGCUCCUCGACUGCCUCUGUCGGCGCCGACUACCUCCGUGGCCGAUCCAUCGGUGCCAAGGCGCUUCUCGGUCGCAGGGCACGCCAAGGUAGUCUCUUUGCGGUCGCCAAUGACGUCACGGUGAGCGAGAAGCGUGUUCGGCAGCAACUGAACGCUCUGCUGGCCGACGAGCGCGACCCGCUGGCUGAGGCUCGUCGCCAAAGCAGCGCCGCGGAGGGCUUCGCGUCGUCGGCUCGUCCGUUUCCACAGCGACCACUGGUGAACCUGCCAGGAGUCGAGCGUGUCCGCGACCUUCCUGCGGACCCGAUCACGCGCCUCUUCUUCCAGCACCAAGGAGACCACGCGCUGUACUACGGCACCUACGAUGAGCCCAGCCGCCUCGAUGAGGACCGCGUGCAGCUGGAGAAGCGCGAGCCUAAGGACUGGACCUUCAACGUGUUUACUCCCGUGUACGACUUCUGCCACCGUCUGCGCGAGGCGUCCGAGCAGCGGAAACGUUUCGUGAUUGUGCCCUCGACAAUCGAGACACGCGGGUGUGCGAAGGUGCUGCUCGACCACGGCCUCGUCGCCGGCUUUCGCGACUUCCGCAAUGACCGUGCCUUCGCUGUCGAGCUGAAGUACUUCCAAAACGAGCCCACAAUCAACAUCAUUGAGCCGUGCAGCUACGAUGGCAAGACAGAGUUCGAAUGGUCGCCCAAGAUGAUGCGACGCCUCAUGAACGCGCACGGCAUCCACAACCGACUCAUCAUCUACAUCUGCCGCACCGCAGACAACCGCAUCAUCGACCACAUCCAAGCAGUGAAGGAGUGCAUUGGCGGACGCGGGUUGAUGAUGGCGCACUAG